UUUGAGACAACCAUGACCUGGAUGACUGAGAAUCUCCACAGUCUCUAAAUCCUGAGAGGUCGCCACAGAGAAAUUACUUCCUGGCAGUAACCUGUCCUCUCUUCAACAUGCUUUCUUUUCUGAAACAAUUUAAUCUGUUUGGAUAUCAUUGUCUGUUGCUGGCCGGUGAGACUUUUGGAGUUAAGCAGGAUGCCUUGGGAAUGAAGACUGAUACAGCCUGCUCCUCGUUGGCCCAAGGGUUAAAGAAUUAAACCUGCCCACAGCUUCUCUGCCAACUUUCUGCAGGAGUGUCCCAAAAUGAGCAACGUUCUGUGGGACAGUGGCUGUUCCUUCUAGCCACACAUCCGGACUCUCCAUCAUUCUAAAAACAAAAACAAAAAUGCAGACAGCCAACCCGUGAACCUCCCUGCUUCACAGUAAGUUCUCCAGCCAUCGGAGGGCACAACGGAUCGCUUGGAAUUAGAGGUUCGGAGAGUGAAGAAGCCAGGAAAAGAUCAAAACACUCGAGAAGGCGCCAGCUGCAAGAUUCUUUUCUACCAAAAUGGCUGCCAACACCACCUUUCCAGAAAGCCUAUAUGAAGAUUAUGAGGACUAUCCUGAUGUACAGGAGAACGGAAGCCUCCGCAACUCGAUGCACGUACUCUCCAUGGUGAUCUACAGCGUCGCCUUCUUGUUAGGGGUGGCUGGAAACAGCCUGGUCAUUUUUAUCACUGGCUUCCACAUGAAGAGGACCGUGAAUGCUGUCUGGUUCCUCAACUUGGCCAUCGCCGAUCUGGUCUUUACUUCCUUCCUCCCGUUGAGCGUGGCCUACAUAGCCCUGGGCUUCCAUUGGCCCUUUGGGAAGCUGCUGUGUAAACUCAUCAGCACGGUGGCCUUCCUCAAUAUGUUCUCCAGCGUCUUUCUCCUCACCGUCAUCAGCAUGGACCGCUGCGUCUCCGUCAUGUGUCCCGUCUGGGCCCAGAACCAUCGGACGCCUCGACUGGCUUCUCUGGUGGCUCUGGGCAUUUGGAUAGCCGCCUUGGCUCUCAGUUCUCCCUAUUUUGUCUUCCGGGAUCUGAAAGGCUCUCCUGUGGAAGAGAACGUCACUCACUGUUACAACAACUUUGCCUUAUCCGAAAGUUUCCAGUCAGAGGAGAUGGUUAAGCUGGGAGAACACCGCGCCCAAGUCUUGGUGUUGACCCGUUUUGUGGCCGGGUUCUUGGUGCCGUUCAUCAUCAUUCUUAUUUGCUACAGCAUUAUCACGGUCAGGCUGAAGGGGACUCGGCUCACCCGCUCGAAUAGGCCCUUCAAGAUCAUGGUGGCCGUGGUCGUAGCCUUCUUUAUCUGCUGGUUCCCUUACCAUGUCUUUUCCUUCUUGGAAAUGUCAGCUGCCAGGGUGACACCUGGACUACAGACCUUUCUGGUGGUGGGGAUACCCUUAGCUUCAAGCCUGGCGUAUCUCAACAGCUGCCUGAACCCUUUCCUGUAUGUCUUUGUGGGGCAGGACUUCCGGGAGAAGCUACGGACGUCCAUUUUGGCUGCACUUGAGAGCGCUUUCAGUGAGACCACAGGGCAGACCUUAACCAAGAGCAAAUCCAGUGCGGAGUCAGCAAGGCUCGUCCAGACAGUCUUUCAGAGGAAUAUUGAUCAACACAGACCUUAUCUCGCUUGGAAAGCUGCCAGGUUUUCUAGGAGCAUGAAGCAGUAAACACCAGCCUGAAGAUGACGAAUGAGACUUCGUCGAAACGUCGCCAAGAGACUUCCAAUUUUACACGGGAGAAAACCUGAACAACAAAAGACCUACAUAUAUAUUAUAUAUAUAACAUACUUGACUGCCUUUAGGCUUUCUCAGUUAUUCAGCACACACUAGCAGUAACGUCUCUGGUUCCUCUGCCUUUUCAAAAAUGAGCUUGAACAUCUGGUCUCUUCCAUUCCAUGUAGAGCUUUAAUCUGCAUUAGAUGAGCUCAAGCAUUAUUGUACUAGCGUGUGAAAUGAAGGACACAGAAAUAAUUUGCAGAUUCGGUGAAGUCUCCCAUCUUUGGUAUUAGAAUAUAGAUUGAUGUUUUCCAGUUUGUUGGUCACUGAGUCAUGGUGAUCCAAAAUUGUUGCAUAGUUUUAUUAGAUUUUCUUUUCUUUUUUUUUCUUUUUGUACUGAUUUUCGGUAUACGUCUUUCAUCUUUAUCUUCUUUGAAUCAGUUACUGUAAGCUCUUUGGUAUCCUCUGACAUACCAAUUUGAGGUUGGAACGACCUUCUGGGUUUGGAAACGUUUGGAAGACUUCCCUUGGUUUUCAAUGACUGCUUCUAUUUUUGAUGCCUUUAAUCCUGCUGCUAAUUUAACAGCUAUUCCACAUUUAGUCUGGUUUCUUCUGUUUCUUGGUCUUUGAUAAUCUGUUUUUGCAUUCGUCCUUAACAACUUGAAACAACUGAUUUCAUUCCAAAGUUCCUUUAAUUCCUUGUUAAUGGCUUCAGGAUUUCAAACUGGAUUUCUGAUGUUCUUCUUGAAAAUGUAUAAUAUUUAUUAGCAAUAGCACUUAGACUUAACAUUUUAGACUUCUUCAGCACUCUCUGAGCGGUUUUACAAAGUCAGCACAUUGCCUUUAACAAUCUGGGUCCUCAGUUUAGUGAUCUCGGAAGGUCGUCUUUGAGCGGGUCAAGAUCAAACUCCAUUUGUUCCAGAACGGUAUAGGGUCUCCUGCUUGGAGAGAAAAUUGGAUUUGAGGACCUCUAAGGUCCCUUCCAACUCUGUUGUUCUGUAAUUCCGUAAAAACUGUUGAUUGUAUUUGACAAUCAGGGGCCUCUGUGGCUCAGACUGGUAAGACAGUCUGUUAUUUAUCUGCACUACUAUUAAUCUUCUCAUAGUUCCCAUCACCAAUCUCUUUCCACUUAUGACUGUAUGACUAUAACUUUGUUGCUGGCAAUCCUUAUGAUUUAUAUUGAUAUAUUGACCAUCAAUUGUGUUGUAAAUGUUGUACCUUGAUGAACGUAUCUUUUCUUUUAUGUACACUGAGAGCAUAUGCACCAAGACAAAUUCCUUGUGUGUCCAAUCACACUUGGCCAAUAAAAUUCUAUUGAAUUCUAUUCUAUUAACACAGCUGCUUGCAAUUACUGCAGGUUCUAGUCCCACCAGGCCCAAGGUUGACUCAGCCUUCCAUCCUUUAUAAGGUAGGUAAAAUGAGGACCCAGAUUGUUGGGGGCAAUAAGUUGACUUUGUAUAUAAAUAUACAAAUAGGAUACAAAUAGGAUGAAGACUAUUGCUAACAUAGUGUAAGCCACCCUGAGUCUUCGGAGAAGGGCGGGAUAUAAAUGCAAAUUAAAAAAAAAAGGAUCUUGCUUUCCCCUUACAAAUAGUACUUCUGUUUUUCAAAUUUCAUAAAUAUCCUAACUUCCUUCUUUGGCUCAGGAAGCGAUCUCUAUUGAAACUUUGAUAAUACACAGUUGUGUUGAAAAACAAUGGCUUCUUCCAAAUACCGGGGUCAUAUUGUCAUAUGUGGUGGACAUGUCCCAAAGCCAAAAAAAAAAAAAAAAUACUGGAAGAAAAUACGCAUGUGGUUGGAAAUUAUGACAAAACAACACAUCGAUUUGAAACCUGAGACAUUCUUGUUGGGCCUGUGUUCCAGGAAACUAUCAUAAGGGUAACACAUAUUUAAUCUUACAGCAGCCAGGAUUGUAUAUGCACAAUACUGGAGAAAUCCAGAAACCCCUACAGAUGAUAUUAUAAUUAAAAAAAUUCUGGAAUAGAAGAAAUAGAUUUAAAACCUGAACUGUUCCUAUUGGGUAUCUUACCAGAGAAAUUUAGUAAAGAAAAUAUAUAUUUGAUUGUACAUGUAAUAACUGCAGCGAGGAUAAUAUUUGCGCAAAGAUGGAAAGCAGAGAAAAUCCCUACAGAGGAAGAAGUAAUUAAGAAAAUAUUGGAUUGUGCGAAAAUGAAUAGAUUGACUUUGACAAUUAAGGAAAGAGAGGAAUCGGAAUACUUUAAGAUAUGGGGGCAAUUUUACUGUUGGUUAGAGAAGAAAUAUAUAUAGGACAAUGUUGUAAUUAAAUAUGUGAAGAAGAAAGAGGAGGAGAUGGAUAAAUGUAUUAAUACUAAAGCAAGAAACGUGGGAGAAAUGUUACACUAAAUGAAAUGAUAAUAUUAAGAAAUGAUAAAUAUUGGAGGAGUAAGAAGAGGACACAAAAGAUGUACUCAGAGGAUACACUGAAUGAUUGAUUAUGUAUUGUAUAUUUGUUUGUCUAUAAAAUAAAAAAAAGUGUUAGAAACCGGAAGGAAAGGGCCUACUUUGAAGUGUAGAUGUCACCUAAUCUGUGGGAAAUUGAAAUAUUUAGCCACAGGAAAUAUUGGGCUGCCAAAACGUUGCCUUAAUUUCAUUGUAGGGCCUACUCUGAGGUUUAUUUGCUGUCUCUUCUCUCCUUUGGUUGCAGAAUGGAGGAUGUUGUUAGUGAGAAGAGGAAUGUAAGAAGAGUCUUGAUGAGUCAAAUAAAAAAACUAAACUGACUGCCUUAUUUCUUCUGUUGGCCCACCAGAUUGCUCCAAGAAGCUCACAAGUAAAACUCAAAGACCACAUCUUGUACCCCUGAGGCAAGGGACUGAGGCAAAACCUCUGUCCCUUGAAGUUUUUAAGUCCUCAUUACUCUCUUCCCUCUUUUUCUCUAAUCCAGUGGUUCUCAACCUUUAUAGUGCUGCGACCCCUUUAAUACAAUUCCCCACAAUGUGGCGAUCCCAACCGCAGAAGGGGGGAAAAAGCGGCAAACUGUUUUUUUUAAAUUUAUCGCGCCUGAAGCCGUAUUGGCUAGCGAUCUGAACUGCUUGUGAUUGCCUUGAGGACGGAGGCAUUAAAGCGGAGACUCCUCCCCUAUUAAGUUUAUCGCGCCUGAAGCCAGAUUAGGCUAGCGAUUGGGAGUGAUUGCAGCCGGCUUGAGAGGGAGACAUCGGAGCAAAGAUUUCUCUCUUUUUUAAUUCAUCGCGCCUGAAGCCGAAUUCGGCUAGCGAUUUGAAGAGCCUGCAGCUGGCUUGUGGAGUCAACCAUUGGAGCGCGAUUCUUCGACUCGCAAGUAUACUCCCCAUAUUUCCGAUGGUCUUAGGCGACCCCUGGCAAAUUGUCAUUCGACCCCCAACGGGGUCGCGACCCACAGGUUGAGAACCGCUGCUCUAAUUCCCUUCAUUGUCCUAGCUGUCAAUGACUACUUCAGCUUCAACCACAACAAUACACGAGCACACAAUAAAUACAAACUCAAGGUAAACAGCUCCAAACUCGAUUGCAGAAAAUACGACUUCAGCAACAGAGUGGUCAAUGCCUGGAAUGCACUACCUGACUCUGUGGUUUCUUUCCCAAAUCCCCACAACUUUAGAUUGUCUACUGUUGACCUCACACCAUUCCUUAGAUGUCUGUAAGGGGUGUGCAUAAGAGCACCAGCAUGCCUACCGUCCCUGUCCUAAUGUUCCCUUUAAUUGUAUUCAUUUUAUGUAUUCAAUUCAUGCUUAUACUUAUAUAUAUUAUCUAGUAUGUA